AUGUCUCGUUUGGGGAUCGGGACAAGCUAUGCCAGGUCUCACAAGCGGAGCCAAUGGCGGGACGUUGUGCUUGUGCGAGGAGUAGCAGUUGGUAGUUUGCUCACAAUAAAGACGAGCAGCAAGUCUGUCAACGGCGCUCAAAUUUCUGGCCGACGCAACACGGCCUGGAGACGAGAAGAAGCCUGCGAUGUGGUGUGGACGCAAUCUGGAGGGCUGGAUCGUGGCAUGAGACCAGCGCGGAACACGGAGCAAGGAGCAGCCGGGCUGAUUUUCCGAGCCCUGGAGAAGCACCGCGGCAUGUACUCGUACCAGACCAAUAUAAUCAACGACAUCACAUCUCUUGUCUUGGAACCAGUGUGGCUGCGCGGUGGCAAGCCGUUGUCCACGAGACUGCUCCUCCAUUAUGCCCGCGACUGGUACAUGGGCCACGACAAGCGUUCUAGCGGCUCUGGCGCGGCCCUCUCCGCUGCCGGCGACGCUGGAGCGAGCAAUGCCGCCAGGCCGGCUGCCUCCAGGCCCAGCCGCGAUGCUGCGCCGAGAUACAGCUUCUCGCCCGAUGGCCCAGAUGCCAUCCACGUCGGCCGGGCCAAUCGGGCCACCCCCAACGACCCUGUGCCUGCGCCAAUCCGCUCCUUGGAGACCCGAGUCCCAACUCUACACCACAAACGAAGCGGCAACCAGCCCUCGAGGCGCAAGAGCAGCAAACGGAAGAGGCAGGAUCCCACCAGAGAGGCCGAGAUCAGGGCCAUGACCGUCUUCACGCCGGCGCGAGCAACCACCGACACAUUGGCCACGGCUCGCAGCGUCAAGCACGACAACAAGCGCGCAAAGACUCUGGGCGCCAGAGCCCCAUGGGACAGUCCUACCUCUGACGCAUCGCCGCCGAUGCCCAUCUCAAUCACCUCCCGCCUCUCGUCCGACUCCAAUUACUCGUCAUAUCGAGUAACCGCCCUCGAUGCCCUGGCACCGAGACCGACCCUGAAGUAUCAGGGCAGCGCACGAUUGCUUCCGUCACACGCCUCUGUGCCGACACGGUCCGAGUCCCAAAAGAAGAGGCUCGAUGCCUUUGACGAGGAGACCGUCCGAGCGCACAAACGCAUCGAUGACCUGGCUGAUGAUUUCGACGCCAGCGAGCUGCGUGAGCUCAUGGAAAGAGACAAAAGACGGCGCGAGAGGAACCGGCAAAGCGAGCGAGACAAGGCCGAGAGGAGGCUAGCACGCAAGGCCGAGAAGCAGAAGAGAGAGGAGGAAAAUGCCAGGCAAACAGGAACACCGCCGCCAGAAAAUCUAGAUCGCGGUGUCAUGGGACGAGAGGUCGGUCUAGGCAUAGAUCCCCCGUCUACUGUAGUGACAUCCUCCAAACAGCGCACUUCUCCAGAACCAAUGUCUGACGUAGAGGAAUAUCCACAGACGCCCGACAAGGGCAAAACGAGGGAAUCUCCAGAACCUUUGCAGACGUUUCACAGAAUCGAUACAGCACCGCGUGAUGCAGAGUUGUCCACAGCUUCUGGGAACCAACCCCAGGCUUCUCAGAAACCACAGGAGCGUCUUCCAGCCAUUCCGCCUGCUAUCAAGCGUGAAGGCAACUUUGUACCGAAGAUAUCGACAUCCGGGUCGACUUUUGAUUACGACAAGGAAAAGACAUCUUCUGCCAUGGAAGAUGAUGGCACAACGCGCAAGGAUUCCGAGUCCAGCAACAGGUCUAACCGCAUCUCCUUCUCUACCUUGCUUAGAUGGGGAAAGAGUCGCCGCAGCCCCAGCGGUCCCUCGUCAUUCGCAAACACUUCGCGCGAAGAAAUGGGGGCAGUACAGGCGCAAGCUAGAAGCACCGCCGACUCCCCCGCUCCGUCAUUUACUGGCAACUACCUAUCCAAGCCGGCAUCAGUCCCACCGAAACGGAUGCGAUCUCGCUUCCGAGAAGACCUUCCAGAACUCCCAAUAUCACCACCCGAGUCCCGCGUUCAGUCGCCCGAAGCAGAGGCCCCGCUGCCCAGUGCGGCAGAGUAUAGGUCUCCCAGCGCUGAGCCCAACACCAAUCCUCCCACUCUGCGAGACGAUACACCAACUUCAGGCCAUCGUUCCAUUUCAAUAGACAUUCCUCAAGCGCAUGUGUCGCGAGACAAGAUGUACGGCAGCCACUCGGCCGAGCCGCAACUAUCAAUGUCUUUGGCGUCUGUCGACUCAGAAGGCUCCUGGCUCUCAGGAAGAGUUGGCAGCCAACGGAGCAAGCGGAUGUCAUCCGUACGCGACAGGACACGAUCUCGACAACAGGAUCACGAACGCAGAGCGGAUUCUCCCUCCAAUAGCGCCCACGACGACCUUGAAAUCACCGAAGACGACUACAUGUCACGCCUCAGCCCUGACCCCACCACUCUGCACUUCAACACUCGCCUUUCGGGCGAGGGCCGUCCAAGCAGCGAUGAGGACGAGCUAAUGCGCGAAGGAGAAGUCAGGUGGGGUGCUGUUGGCGCCCAAGCGCAGUUUGUCCAACGCAACCAGAAUCGGGAUACUGUCCGCAGUCGCGAAGGUCUGCUCAAUAUCGACUCGGGAGACGAGGAAGACCAAGAGCCUCCCAUUUCUCCCAUUUCUCAGAUUGCCCCGAGCAUUGAGAAGGCUGAUUUGCAGCGGGCCUCAAGUGUGCGCGUGAACCGUCCGUCAAGCGUAAAGCUGCUGAAGAUACAGCCGCGGGCAUCUACCGAUGACAAGAGAAAGAGCCAAGAGAACCCAAACGGCGCAUAAAUUUGACGCAUGAUUGAUACUACGAUUACAACAACCGAAAGAGCCCCCCGAAGAGAAAAAAACAAGGAAAAGGAAAAUAUAAAAGAGCAUUCUUCGUGGUCCAUGUCGCGAUGGUGCUUUAUUGACGAAUUUCCUUUGUUUCUAGCUACCCGAAACUGACCCGAGUCACUCAUUUAUUUCCUUAUCACACUCUUCAAUUUGAUGACGGAAAAUCAACAAAAAUCUACGAAAAA